GUAGUGGGCCUGGAGCACAUCAAGAUGUCGACCACGACGGUUCCGGAGCUGAAGCAGAUCAGCCGGGAGGAAGCAAUGCGCUUGGGGCCCGGCUGGAGCCAUUCAUGCCACGCCAUGCUGUACGCCGCCAACCCUGGGCAGCUUUUCGGACGUAUCCCCAUGCGUUUCUCAGUGCUGAUGCAGAUGCGCUUCGACGGGCUGCUGGGCUUUCCCGGGGGUUUCGUGGACCGGCGCUUCUGGUCACUGGAGGAUGGCUUGAACCGGGUGCUAGGCCUGGGCCUGGGCGGCCUACGCCUUACCGAAGCUGAUUACCUGAGUUCACACCUGACUGAGGGUCCACACCGUGAGGUGGCACACCUGUACGCACGGCAGCUGACACUGGAACAGCUGCAUGCUGUGGAGAUCAGCGCUGUGCACUCACGGGACCACGGUCUGGAGGUGGGACUACUGCCUGGGGCCCGCCCCCAUUCCCACUCCUGAGGUUUGGCUCUGGCACCACAGAAGGCUCCGAUGGGUCCUGGGCCUUGUACGUGUCCCACUGUACACACAGAAGGAUCGAGUCGGAGGCUUUCCUAACUUUCUGAGCAACGCCUUCGUCAGCACUGCCAAAUAUCAGCUCCUAUUUGCCCUUAAGGUACUCAACAUGAUGCCCUCGGAAAAGCUGGCGGAGGCCUUGGCCUCGGCCACAGAGAAGCAGAAGAAGGCCCUAGAAAAGCUGCUCCCGGCCUCAUCCUGAGGUGGUUCCUAUGCAGGUCCCUGCCCUCCCUUGGCUGUCUCUGCCCACAGGCCCUGGAAUUUCCAAGAAGUGUGCCUUCUAGUGUGUUUGGUUUUGCAUCCCUUCUGACUGCAAGGGACAAGCAGGCAGCUGUUCAUCAUUACUGUCCCAAGCAGUCCCUGGGACCUAGCUACCCUCUCAGGUUGGUCAGUGGGUGGGCCUGGGCCUGGGUCUAGCUCUUCAAGCUGAAAAUGUCCUCACCCGUCCCAGGACUCAAACUGUCCUGUGUGAGUCUGUUCAUGACUGGUGGAGUCCCAGCUAGAGCCCAUUCUUCCAAGGCAACCACUUGGUUGAUACACAAAUGCUCGACUGGUCAUGGGUUUUGUUCAAUAGAGAUGACCCAUGUUAGAUCAGUCCUUCCUUCCCUUAGCCCAGAACCUGAUCCAGCUUGGGGUAAGAUGUUUGUUUGGGUGGUUGUUGGAUUUUUCUGUUAGGUUUUUUUUUUUUCUUGGUGUAUGAAUUGUGGGUUGGUUUCAGAAUGGCUGUGCCCCACAUGGCUUUGCUCCCCAUGAGGGCUUUGGCUCAGCUCUGUGAAACUGAAGAAGGAAGAAGACAAUAAAGCCAUUCCUCUGA